AUGGAGUAUCUCCCCUUGGGCGACCUAGAGUCCUUCCUCGACAAUCCUCUACCAGACAGUGAAGCCCGGACUAUCACGGAGCAGGUACUCCAAGGCAUUGACUUCAUGCAUGGAAGCAAAGUUGCCCAUCGUGACCUGAAGCCCAAGAACAUCCUCGUGCAAAACAAUGGACCCAAUUGGUGGGUCAAAAUCUCGGACUUUGGUUGCAGCAAGCAGAGCGAGUCAACAUCUCUCCGCACUAUUAUUGGCACAGAACCAUAUCUUGCACCUGAGCUUCAGAAUACCCUUGCGUACACCCUUGCGGUCGAUAUCUGGGCACUUGGUGCCAUCGCCUUUCGCAUCGCCACUGGACACCUUCCGUUUCCAUCUCCGAUAGGAAAAAGGCUAUUCCGAUAUGUCGCUCAAGGGGGCCCAUUCCCCUCUAACGAGUUAUUGAGCACCGAAUGCCAUGAUUUUAUCGUCUCCGUCAUGAGCCGGUCUCCACGAGAUCGACCAGCUGCAGCCACAGCUUUGAAACAUGCUUGGAUAGCUUCAAGACGCGGCAUAGAGAGGGCU